GAGGCAGCCUUCAUGAUCGUCGACUCGAUCUUGUCGACACUCGACGACUUUGAGCAGCGCGCGCUGGCCGAUGGCGAGGGGGACUCUGUCAUGGAGCAGAUUGCACAGGCGCGUGCGCCCUGCUACCAGCUCGGCCACCAGGUUGUGCAGUUCGCGACGGCCAACACAGCGCUGGUGACGCGGCAGCUGCAGAUGCUGCCGUCAUUCGCCUUUCUGCUGCGGCCGCAGCGAUGGCGGCCGGCGACGAGCCGCGCGCGCUGCUGCUUACAGUGCUGCAGAAGUGCGUCUCUCAUCUCAAGUUUAAUCCGGCGAUCGGCGACGUGCGCGAACUGCGUGCGGUGGCGCGGCGCUCAACGGCUACGCUGGUGCGGCUAGCGGUGGCGAUCCCCAACUCGCUGAUGCUCAUCUACAGCGACCUGUCGCAGCUGGUGCAGAGCCGGCUGGCCGACGCGCGGGUGGCCGGCACGGUCAAGGGUUACCUCAGCGAGUUUCAGCUGGCCCUGGUGGCCGGUGCGUCGUGCAGCUUGCCGCAGCGCAAGGAGUUUGCUCGCCCGAUCGUGCAGCCGAUCAUCGACACGUUGCGCGAGUUCACGCCGGCGAUGCAGUCGCCAGCCGACUUUGUGUCGUUCCUCGGGCUGCCGGUACUAGACCAGGCGUGUGCCGCGCAGGCAUUUCGCCGGCGCACGCCAGGAGCUGGCGCCGCGCGAGACCGCCGCAACCGCCUGUCGCACGUACUGGCAACGUUGCAGAUCUGCCUGCAGCGCACUCUGGGCCAUGCUGCCGGUGGUCUCAGCCUGGCCGGCGUGUGGAGCGAUUACGUCGAAGACCUGGCGCCGGCGCUGCUGCUGCUGGUGCGCUGCCUGCACGCGCUGUGGAACCCGGCGCACUGGCGGCCGAUGCCGUGGCAGAGCGCCCAGGCGCAGUCAGCGCUGUUCGGUGUGCUGGAAAUGUCGACCGCCGAGCGCCAGAUUAUUGUCAGCGGCGCGUACGACGCGGCCGGCGACAGCACACAGACGGCAGCUGCAGCUGACCUUUGGCGGCCGAGGCGCGCGCCGUACACAACGCGCUUGGAACUUUCCGCGACCACGCGUACCGCUGCCUGGGCCGUUGAUGAACCUGCCCGAGCUGUUCAAUGCAGCGCGCAUGCCGGGCCUGGCCUCCAACUUCACGGCUGCCUCUUCGCGACGCUGAGGCGCUGGCCCCGCGCCAUUGGCGCUUCCUGCUGACCGAGGUCGCCAAGCCAGCGCUGGAGCCGUCGGCAACUGGCCGGGCUGCGCCGGUGCGACCAGGGCGCUGACGCCGUCGCGCAGUUUGUUCCCGCGUGGCUCGCACCACUAUUUGAUUUUUGCACGCAGAAGCUCAGCGAUGAGUGGGCCGUGGUGUUGGCCGGCAACCAGCACGCGACCGGCGACUCGGUGGACGACGACAUUGUGCGCGAGAAAAUGCUGCGUGACUGGACGCGCGCCUGGAGCCACGUCAUCUCCGACCUACUGACCGCUGUGUCGCUGUCGUUCCCUGAUGCGACGCGCAUUGAGCAUGACUUGAUGAGCUCAGCACGCG